GUGUUUCAAUUGGAUCAGUUCCGACCUAGAGUGAAGACUUCCGGAGGAAAAGAAAAUGGCGAACAGAAACAAAUUAUCUCCUUCCCUUGUUGUCUGGGUUCUAGUUUUAUUCGGAACCCUAAUUUUCAUUCUGAACCGAUUAGGUGAUUCAGGAGUCUCCUCAGAUGGUAAAGACAUUAAAAUCGAGGCAAAAACAUCAGAGGAUUUGGAGCGGGUGACGCAUAAAGUAUACUUUGAUGUCGAAAUUAAUGGAAAACCUACUGGUCGUAUUGUCAUGGGCCUCUUUGGGAAAACUGUCCCAAAGACAGCAGAAAACUUCAGAGCUCUUUGCACAGGGGAAAAAGGAACAGGGAAAGCUGGCAAGCCUCUCCAUUACAAAGGUAGCAGUUUCCACAGGAUCAUACCAAGCUUCAUGAUCCAGGGAGGUGACUUCACCCGUGGUGAUGGGCGAGGUGGAGAGUCAAUAUAUGGUGAAAGCUUUCCAGAUGAAAACUUUGAUCUAAAACACACUGAACCUGGUAUCUUGUCAAUGGCAAAUGCUGGACCAGACACCAAUGGAUCUCAAUUCUUUAUCACAACUGUAACGACUAGCUGGUUGGACAAACAUCAUGUUGUUUUCGGCAAGGUGCUGUCUGGGAUGGAUGUUGUCCACAAAAUUGAAGCUGAAGGCAGACAAAGUGGAACCCCGAAAAGCAAAGUUAGAAUAACAAAUAGUGGAGAUCUGCCUCAGUGAUUCAAUUUUCCAUGUAUCAGAAUACAUCAAAUGCUUGAAAGUGCUUAACCUCACGCUAAAGCCAGGUUCAUACACUGUCAAGAAAUGUUCAAUGGGACUUUCGCUGCUUGUAAAGUUAAAACAACCCUCGUGAAACAAGAUCACAACUGCUGCGUAGAAUAGACACAAGGAUCAUUUUAUGAAAAUUGUAAUAAAACCUUUGCUUUUAUAUUUAUUUUCGUAAAGGAUUUUGAAUGAAUUCUCUGUUGUAUGUACCAUAGGAGAAAGAUACGUUGUUGAAA